AUGGGAGUCACUUCGCUCUGGGAUAUUGUUGGACCAGCAGCUAGGCCUGUCAAGCUCGAGGCGCUUUCUCGGAAAAAGUUAGCGGUGGAUGCGUCCAUUUGGAUCUACCAAUUCCUCAAAGCAGUGAGAGAUAAGGACGGGAAUAAACUUGGCCAGCUGCACAUUGUGGGGUUCUUCCGACGUAUUUGCAAGUUGCUAUACUUUGGUAUUUUGCCGCUUUUCGUAUUCGAUGGUGGCGCCCCACCACUCAAGAGGCAAGUGAUCCUUAAGCGACGCGAGAGGCGGCUGGGAAACGCAGAGAAUGCUCAAACCACGGCUCAAAAAUUGCUUGCAAUCCAUUUGCUGCGUGCACAAGCUAACGACAACGUUUAUCUUUCAGACCUUCCGGUGCUUCAUCCCGAACAUAAACGCGACCAGGAACCACCAAAAGAAACUGGUCAGGCUGGAACUGAUAACCGUUUCAUUAGGAAGGACGAAUACCAUUUGCCUGAACUUCGACAAUUCACCGUGUCAAAAAAUGAUGCACGUAUCAUGCCCGAGAGCGAAUACGAACACUACGGUGAAGAUGCCUCUUUUGAUGUGGUGGAUGGAGUUCCCAUCGAUAGCGUUGACCCCUCUCUGCCCGAGUUUGCCGAGUUACCAAUGGCUACACAAUAUAUGAUCUUAUCGCAUCUCCGCCUCCGGUCACGUUUGCGUUUGGGGUACUCAAAGCAGCAGCUCGAAAAACUCUUUCCUAACUCCCGGGACUUUUCUCGUUUUCAGAUCCAGCAGGUGCAAAAGCGAAAUUUUUACACACAGCAGUUGAUGACAGUGAGUGGAAUGGACAAAGAUACAGGCAAUGCCACUCGUAGAAUUGCAGGUGAUAAGGAUACUCGGUAUGCUCUUGUCAAAAACGAAGAUGGCUGGACGCUUUCUUUGGGAGAAGAUGACACAAAGCCCGUAAUUGUGGAUGAGACGGAAGAAGGUGCGGCAGCAUUACUGGACAGAGACCUGGAUCUGGAAGAAUUGGAGGACGUAAAAUUGGAAAACCUGGACACGGAGACAGAUGCUGCUGCAGUGAUUGAGUCCAUAUAUGACCAAUUCAAACAUGACUACGAAGAUACUGAAAUUCCGGGACAAACUGCAAAAUUGGUAUUGCAAAACAGCAUGGAUAGGAUCGCAGACAUUGACUCAGAAGUCAUAAAUAAUCAAGAAGCAAUGCGAGAGCGCCUUGAGCAGGUGGACAAACAACAACUACAACGGGCCAUUGAUGAAUCCAAAGCUGAGUACAAGAAACUACAGGCUGAGCCGAUGCCUGAAUAUGAUUUUGGACGUUCUAUUCUAUGGCCUAGCCACAAUGACGAUAAGAAGGACCAGGAUGAGAAAAGUGAGAACAAGGAGAAUGAAACAAAGGAGGGCGUUAAUGAUAAAAGAGAGAAUAAAGAGAACAACGAUACAAGUCAAGUCAAUGAUAUCCACAAUAAAGAAGAGGACGAAAUAAAUGAAAAAUUCUCAAGUGCUAAUGUCUCCACGGAUAAUAUCGAUGACGUCAAUGAUGGGCUGGACCCUCAGUCUAAAAAGGUGUGGGAUAUGCCAUCGUGGUUUGAUGAACGAAACACAAUUGAUAACGUGCACAGUCACAUGUUUGUGGAUGCCUCUCAGAAGGAUGCUGAUGAAAAUGAAGAAGUUGGGCUUAUUCCGUGGGCCGAAGCUCAGAAAAUUAUCGAAAGCUCCGAAAGUGACUCAGACCUAGAAAUUGUGGGAGAAUCGUGGAACAAGAAAAUGCCCGAGAACGACCAGGCUAUUACCGAGCAAGAGAAAUCAUUAAACACAGAGAAAUCAUCAAACACAAUACCUGAGAAUAUUGAACCGGCACAUGCACAAGCUGGACAAGAGGAGGCAGAUCGACUUAAAAAAAGCCCUCACGCAGAGAGACAAGAAGUCGCAAAACGCAGCCGAAAUGUCGGACAAGAGUAUGUACCAUCAGAGCUAAAAAUAAGCAUGGUGGAGAAAAAUAUUAGUUCCCCAGAUAAUAUUGCAGGGGGUGAGUCUCAAGGCGAGGUGGCAGAGCUCGAAACCUCAGCAGCGUCAAAAAAUAAUCGCCUAGUUUACGAAAUCGAUGAAAACGACGAAGAUGAGCUUAUACGGAAUCUCCACCAGGAGGAAAAUCAACACGAACAAUUGCGAAGUGAACUCAGCGCUAAAUUAGAUACCCCGCUUAAUUCGAGUAUCACCGACGAACAGCUUCUUCAGGAAAAACUUCAAAAAGCCAAAAGAGAUCUGGAUGAAGUGACUGAGACGAUGAUUCGUGACGUACAGGAAUUAUUGAAACGUUUCGGCAUCCCUUACAUCACUGCUCCAAUGGAGGCAGAAGCACAAUGUGCUGAAUUGUUUCGUAUGGGGCUUGUAGAUGGUAUUGUCACGGACGAUAGCGACUGUUUUCUAUUUGGAGGAAGUCGCAUCUACAAGAACAUGUUCAAUCAGAAACAAUAUGUGGAAUGCUACAUUGCAGAGGAUAUCAAAAAUAAAAUCGGCCUUGAUCAAGAUAAGCUCAUUGAACUUGCCAUGCUUUUGGGAAGUGAUUACACAGAAGGGAUUAAGGGCAUUGGUCCUGUGAUGGCGAUGGAGAUCUUAGCUGAAUUUGGCACACUUUCUAACUUUAAAUUAUGGUUUGACAGGCACGCCAAAAGUGCAGAACGGCCCCAGCAAGAGUACACGCCGCUAGAGAAGAAGCUUCUCACCAGAAUUAAGAAUGGUAAGCUCUUCUUACCCGAUGGAUUCCCCAGUUCAGUUGUGAGAGAUGCUUACAAAAGACCAGAAGUAGACCGCGAUGAUAGUGCUUUCAAAUGGGGAACGCCGAGCUUGGACCAGAUCCGAUCCUUUCUUAUGUACAAUGUGCAAUGGAGCCAAGCCAGAGUAGAUGAAGUGAUGGUGCCUUUAAUACGGGACAUGAAUAGGAAAAAGGCUGAAGGCACGCAGUCCACCAUCGGGGAAUUUUUUCCCGAGGAAUACAUCUCCUACAAGAAAAAUGUUGGUUUGGGUAAGAGAAUGAAGGUUGCUGCGAGUAAGUUAAGCAAAUAA